AUGGCUUCCGACUCCUCUCCUGGCCGCAACAAUAACGGUCCAUCAUCACCGGAUGAGUUUGCAUCAAGUCCAGUCGGCAACACAUACUCUUCUCCGGGCACAAGAACCCGGCGCAGACGCCGAUCCACCACACCGCUCCCUUACAACACACCACCAACCAACCAGUCACGCUUCGCCACCUCAGAAACAACCCCAACCACAACCCCUCACCGCACGCGCCACCACGUUUCAACUCCAUCGUCAGAUGGCGGUCCGCCACUCUCAUCCGAUGCCGGGGAUGACAUCGAUGAGGCCACACCGACGUUUGUGUGGGGGACGAAUAUUAGUGUGCAGGAUGUGAAGGCUGCAAUUCAGAUGUUUUUGAAGCAUUUUAGGGAUGGGCAGAGUCAAGGGAGUGAGAUUUAUGACGAAGGGAAGUAUAUGAAAGGGAUACAUAAGGUGUUGGAGAUGGAAGGGGAGUGGCUUGAUGUGGAUGCACAUGAUGUGUUUGAUUAUGAUGGUGAAUUGUAUGGGAAAAUGGUUAGGUAUCCGCUUGAGGUUUUGGCGAUUUUCGAUAUUGUUUUGAUGGAUAUUGUUAGUUUGAUUCAGCCAUUGUUUGAAAAACAUGUGCAAGUUAGGAUUUUUAACCUAAAGGGUUCAACUACUAUGCGAAAUCUCAACCCUGCUGAUAUUGAGAAGAUGGUUUCAUUGAAGGGAAUGAUUAUUCGGUGCAGUUCAAUAAUACCGGAGAUUAGGGAAGCUGUAUUUAAAUGCCUUGUGUGUGGGUACUUCUCUGACCCGGUUGUUGUGGAUAGAGGACGGAUAAGCGAACCUACAACAUGUCUAAAGCAAGAGUGUCUUGCUAAGAAUUCCAUGUCACUAGUUCACAACCGGUGCAGGUUUGCUGAUAAGCAGAUUGUGAGACUCCAGGAGACACCUGAUGAGAUCCCUGAAGGAGGAACGCCGCACACAGUGAGCUUGUUGAUGCAUGACAAGUUGGUGGAUACUGGAAAGCCAGGUGAUAGAAUUGAGGUUACUGGGAUUUAUAGGGCCAUGAGUGUGAGAAUUGGGCCAACACAGCGAACUGUUAAAUCAUUAUUCAAGACUUACAUAGACUGUCUUCAUAUAAAGAAAACCGACAAGUCAAGAAUGCUGUCAGAGGAUCCCAUGGAAGUUGAUAAUGGUGAUGGUUCACGUGGGAUCGAGGAAGGUUUCCAAUUUGAUGAAGGGAAGAUAGAGCAAUUGAAAGAGCUAUCAAGAAAGCCAGAUAUAUAUGACAGACUGACCAGAUCCUUGGCACCAAACAUCUGGGAGCUUGAUGAUGUGAAAAGAGGUCUUCUUUGCCAGCUCUUUGGAGGGAAUACCUUGAAAUUGCUAUCUGGUGCUAGCUUCCGUGGUGAUAUAAAUAUCCUGCUUGUUGGUGAUCCUGGAACAAGCAAGUCUCAGCUGCUUCAAUACAUACACAAGCUAUCUCCCCGUGGCAUUUACACCAGUGGAAGGGGAAGCUCUGCUGUUGGUUUGACUGCUUACGUCAGCAAAGAUCCUGAAACAGGGGAAACAGUUCUGGAGAGUGGAGCACUUGUUUUAAGUGACCGGGGCAUCUGUUGUAUUGAUGAAUUUGACAAAAUGUCUGAAAAUGCAAGGAGCAUGUUACAUGAGGUGAUGGAACAGCAAACCGUCUCCAUUGCAAAGGCUGGAAUUAUUGCUUCCCUUAAUGCCAGAACUUCAGUAUUGGCUUGUGCAAAUCCUAUUGGUUCGCGUUAUAAUCCUCGGGUCUCUGUGAUUGACAAUAUACACCUUCCUCCCACCUUGUUGUCCAGGUUUGAUUUGAUUUACUUAAUUCUUGACAAGGCCGAUGAACAGACAGACAGGCACCUUGCCAAGCAUAUAGUUUCUUUGCACUUCGAGAAUCCUGAGAGUGCAGUGCAUGAUGUCUUAGACAUUGCUACAUUAACUGCAUAUGUGAGCUAUGCUCGGAAGCAUAUUCACCCACAGUUAUCUGAUGAAGCUGCCGAAGAGUUGACUCGAGGAUACGUUGAGAUGAGGAGGAGAGGAAAUUUCCCAGGCAGUAGCAAAAAGGUGAUAACAGCAACGCCUAGGCAGAUGGAAAGUCUGAUACGCCUUAGUGAAGCUCUGGCUCGGAUUCGUUUCUCGGAUUUGGUUCAGAAGCAUGAUGUGACAGAGGCCUUUCGGCUCCUGGAAGUUGCAAUGCAACAAUCAGCAACAGAUCACUCCACUGGAACUAUCGACAUGGAUCUCAUUACUACUGGAGUUUCAGCUAGUGAAAGGAUGAGAAGAGAGAAUCUUGCGUCAGCUGCUCGUAACAUAAUUAUGGAGAAGAUGCAGCUCGAAGGACCCUCAAUGCGCUUGUUAGAGAGAGAAAUCGAAUCCAGGAGAGGUGAGGAAAGGAAAUGGCGGAGGCAAGAGCAGGAGGAGGAUGCUGUCCGCCGAUGGAUCUAUUCAGGUCAGAAGCGAUGCAGUUGGUGCAGCUUAUUAUCCCUAUCGAAUCUGCUCAUCACACUGUCUCUUAUCUCGGCGACCUCGGUCUCCUCCAAUUCAAAGACGUCUAUCAAAAAAUUUGGAGAGAUGGCACGGAAGCUACGGUUUUUCAAGGAGCAAAUGGAGAAGGCUGGUGUUACACCUUCGACUAAGCCUGUGACACAAGCUGAGAUUGAUGUGGAUGACCUAGAGGUAAAACUCGGGGAACUUGAGGCAGAGCUGGUUGAAAUGAAUGCAAAUAGUGAAAAACUACAGCGCUCUUAUAAUGAGCUUGUGGAAUAUAAGCUUGUCCUCAACAAGGCUGGUGAGAUUUUCUCUUCUGCCCUUAGCAGUGCAACUGCUCAGCAAAAGGAAAUGGAAUCCCAACAGGCCGGUGAAGAAUCACUAGAUACUCCUUUAUUACAGGACAAAGAAAUAUCAAUUGAGUCAUCAAAACAAGUAAAGUUGGGGUUUAUCACUGGCCUUGUUCCCAAAGAAAAGUCCAUGCCAUUUGAAAGAAUUAUAUUUCGUGCUACCAGAGGCAAUGUGUACAUUAGGCAGGCUGCUGUUGAAGAACCUGUUGUUGAUCCUGUUUCUGGAGAGAAGGUUGAGAAGAAUGUAUUUGUUGUCUUUUAUUCGGGAGAAAAAGCGAAGACCAAAAUACUAAAAAUAUGUGAAGCUUUUGGUGCAAAUCGUUACUCUUUCACUGAGGAUUUUGGAAAACAAGUUCAAAUGAUCUCUGAAGUUUCAGGAAGAAUCUCUGAGAUUAAGACCGCUAUAGAUGCAGGAUUGUUUCACAGGAGUAAUUUGUUGCGGACUAUUGGUGAUCAAUUUGUGCCGUGGAACACUUUGGUGAGGAAGGAAAAAUCCAUCUACCACACAUUGAACAUGCUCAGCCUUGAUGUGACCAAGAAGUGUCUUGUUGCUGAAGGGUGGAGUCCAGUUUUUGCUGCAAAGCAGAUCCAGGAUGCAUUGCACCGAGCUGCAUUUGAUUCCAACUCACAAGUUGAAACAAUCUUCCAGAUUCUGCAUACGACAGAGUUACCACCUACAUAUUUUCGUACAAACAAGUUUACUUCUGCUUUUCAAGAUAUUGUUGAUGCUUAUGGGGUGGCUAAGUAUCAAGAAGCAAAUCCUGGUGUGUACACUAUUGUUACAUUCCCAUUUCUUUUUGCCGUCAUGUUUGGUGAUUGGGGACAUGGAAUUUGCUUGUUGCUGGCAACAUUAGUCUUCAUAAUCAGGGAAAAGAAACUUUCUGGCCAGAAACUUGGAGAUAUCACUGAAAUGACCUUUGGUGGUCGUUAUGUUAUCCUGAUGAUGGCACUCUUCUCAAUUUACACUGGUUUUAUCUAUAAUGAAUUCUUCUCAGUCCCCUUUGAACUAUUUGCCCCAUCAGCAUAUGCAUGCCGUGAUAUCUCUUGCAGGGAUGCUACCACUGAUGGUUUGAUAAAGGUGCGCCCCACUUACCCAUUUGGUGUAGAUCCUGUGUGGCAUGGCACCCGCAGUGAACUGCCUUUUCUCAACUCUCUGAAGAUGAAAAUGUCAAUCCUUCUGGGGGUUGCUCAAAUGAACCUUGGAAUCAUAUUGAGUUAUUUCAAUGCAACAUACUUUAAAAACAGCUUGAAUAUCUGGUUCCAAUUUAUCCCCCAAAUCAUUUUCCUAAACAGCUUGUUUGGCUAUUUAUCACUCCUUAUCAUUGUGAAGUGGUGGACUGGUUCACAAGCUGACUUAUACCAUACAAUGAUAUACAUGUUCCUGAGUCCAACAGACGAGUUAGGGGAAAAUCAGCUUUUUCCGGGGCAACAGACUGCUCAGCUCGUGCUAUUAUUAUUGGCCCUUGUUUCGGUACCAUGGAUGCUGCUUCCAAAGCCUUUCCUUUUGAAGAGGCAACACAAAGCUAGGCACCAAGGUGAAUCGUACGUGCCACUACAGAGCACUGAGGAGUCUCUUCAAUUGGAGGCGAACCAUGAUUCACAUGGACAUGAGGAAUUUGAAUUCAGUGAAGUUUUUGUACAUCAGCUUAUACAUACCAUUGAGUUUGUACUUGGAGCAAUCUCAAACACAGCUUCAUACCUUCGUUUAUGGGCCCUCAGUCUUGCGCAUUCGGAGUUGUCUAGUGUCUUCUAUGAGAAGGUCCUCCUCCUCGCUUGGGGGUACAACAUUGUUGCCCGUCUUGUCGGCAUCAUCGUCUUUAUUUUUGCGACUGUUGGCGUACUGCUGGUGAUGGAAACUCUUAGUGCUUUCUUACAUGCCUUGCGUCUUCACUGGGUGGAAUUCCAAAACAAAUUCUACGAGGGAGAUGGUUAUAAGUUUUAUCCCUUUUCAUUUGCAUCAGUAAAUGAUGAGGAUGAAUGA